AUGUUUCCAAUUUGGGCUACUGGAAUCAUCAUAUGUGCUGUUUAUGCACAGUUGGGUACAUUGUUUGUUGAGCAAGGGAUGAUGAUGGACAGGACCAUUGGUUCCUUCUCUAUUCCUGCAGCUUCUCUUUCAGCAUGUGACAUCAUAAGCGUUAUUUUCUGGGUCUCUGUUUACGAUAGGGUCAUCGUCCCUAUUGCGAGGAAGUUUACUGGCAGAAAGAUAGGCUUUACAGAGUUGCAACGUAUGGGAAUCGGCCUCUUUAUUUCAGUACUAUGUAUGAUAUCUGCUGCUUUGGUGGAGAUGAAGAGAUUGACACUUGCACAAGCCCUUGGUUUGGUUGAUGAAAUUGUUCCAAUACCACUUAGUAUCACGUGGCAAAUACCCCAAUAUUUUUUGUUUGGUGCUGCAGAAGUAUUUACAUUCAUCGGGCAGCUUGAGUUCUUUUACGAGCAGUCAUCGGACGGCAUGCGUAGCUUGUUUGCUGCAUUGUCCCUUUUGACGACUUCCAUGGAAAGCUACUUGAGCUCUUUUAUUCUUACUGUAGUGAUAUCUCGAUCAACGCAGACUGGGAGGAGGACGUUGGCGAUGGGGUAG